AUGCCCGCUACUGAAGCGACCCCACCCAAACGCUCCCUGCAAGUCUCCACCACUGCGGGAGCUAUACCAACUCAACGAGAAGUACAGCGCGCUUACGUUCAGGACUCUGAAGGAAAUGACUUACUUGACUUCGUCUGCGGCUUCAGCGCAAGCAACCUAGGCCAAUGCCACCCGGCCAUCGUCGCUGCGCAGGUGAAGGCCGCGGAGAUAAUAACCCUCGGCAAUAUCGCCGGCAUGCUAGAAGCUUGGCCGCCACUGGCAAAACGACUCUGUGAGAAAUUCGGAUACGAUAAGGUCACGGCUAUGACGUCCGGCGCUGAAGCUGCAGAUGCAGCGUGUAAACUUGCGCGCGGCUGGGGGCCAGCCUCCUUUGUCCUCGGCCCUGACUCGGUCAUGAAACGGGUACAACCGUACCAUAGCCUGAGCACAUUCGCCGCGACGGCCAUGGCCUGCGCAGUCGUUAACGCGUCCCUAGAUGUCUGGGAGGAGGAGCAUCUAGACGAGAAAGCACGCGCAAUCCACGAAAAAUGGACGAGGGAGGUUGCGUCCUGGGAGAGGGCGAAGAUGCCUUAUCACAAGCUCGCGACGGCCUUUGGAGCGGAUAUGAAUCUAUUCUUUGAUACAGCGUAUGAAAACCAGGUGGAGAGGGUUACCCCGCGGAGAUUCUCGCUGCUUUGUGCGAGUAUGGGGUUGCAUGUUUAUCCUGGGCAGAAUGGACGGAUGAGGCUGGGUGUUUCGUUGACGAUUAGCGAUGAAGAUCUGUAUAGGGGAUUUGCUAUCUUGCGGCAGGCGUUGGAGGAGUUGCCGCUUUAUGGCGACAUUGAACUUGGUCAAUAG